AUGUAUAUUUCAGCUGCAUCACCAAUAAUAUUUACAUUUUUAGCGAUCCGUAUCGUGUUUAAACAUUAUUGUUGCUUUUUUCGUGAGGACAAAAUCCAUAAUAAUAAUCAUUGUGUUAAUAUUUUUCUUAUUUCAUUUCGUGAAAUGAGUGGACUCAUGAAAGCAACAAAUGAGUCAUUAAAGGAUAUUGGCUAUUUGAUUACUUCUCCGGGUGAUGUUACCGUGCAAAACGGCAAAUUUGAUAUAGUUCCCUGGCCUACAAAGGGAUGGAGGGCACUUGAUCCAAAUACAGGAAAUGAAGCUGGAACAACUGAAGGAUCGAUGGAGAUUUAUUGGGAAGGAGAUCGUUUAUAUGGUAAAAACCAUGCUAUUGCUACUGAUUCUAAUCACUAUUUACUUGGAUAUGGAAACUUACCAUUGCAAUCGGCAUCAUUAUCUAACUCAAAUAUAAGUGAGCAAUCGGAGAUUUCAUCUGUUUUCGUUUGGUAUUCAGAUUAUCAUCCUGAUGGUGGCCAGUUGUUCUUUCCCACCAAUGGUAAAUCGUUCAUUUCCAAUUUGGCUCCAGCUGUAGGUGAUGAUAUUACACCUGAUCAUUUCACUGCUUUUUAUGUAAGUGAGGGUUAUGGCCUAUAUAUUUAUCCAGGUGUAUGGCAUAAUGCUGUUUAUAUACAUCCAUCUCAUUCCCCAGUCUCACUUUUUAGCCGUCAAGGUCGCAUCCAUGCUCGUAUAUCUGUUGACUGGGUGAAAGAGUUUAAUACUCUUUUACGUGUUCCUCUCACCAUUGUAGCUAACAAAUAAUCGAUAUGAAUGUGUGAAUAGAAUCAAAUAAAUUAAUCAUUAUUUGUGUUGUCAUCUAUUCUCAAUUAAACUAGCACUAGGAUCGAGCUGAACCAGCUGCCGAAAAUGCCUUUUAUUUUGAUAAAUAAAAAUAUAUCAUCUAUCAAACUACGGCUUGGAUAACAUCGAAGCGAAAUGCAACAUAACUCGUAGAACUUUAUUGUGAAAACAAAUUCUGACAAAAAUGCCAACAUAUUUGAGUUCAUCUGAUUAACUUGGUAUUUUGACAAAUGUAGUUGUGAAGCCGUUAUCAUCUCGGAUCGAUUCUGUCGUUGAAAAGUGAUGACGAACGGACGUAUCCUGUUACGUACACGUUGCAGGAUGUACAGCAUUUCGAAUAUUUGUAGCAAGAUCAUCGAAUAUGCCUUGAGGGUGUGGGUGUGAGUAUAUAUUGAUCAGUAUUGAGAAAGAGAACACCUACAUCCACACCAACACGCUACACUCACACUCUACUCUCAUAUUAUAGAUCAAACAAGAGGUUCAAAAGUAAUAUUGAUAAAAACGUCUUACAACUAGCAACAAUUGAUAACUAAUGUAAUGUUAACAAGAACAAUCAAUCCUCUUAUCGAAAAAUCCUGGAUACAUUCCUGAGUUUUUGAAGUGGAUGAGACUCCUGUUUAGUUUUACCUGACGCACACCCGAUCAUUUCCCAUUAGGUUAUUAUUGGAAAACGAAUUUUUUAAUUAAACUUCAUCAAUCAUAAUCAUAAAGAUACAAAUAAAUUCACAAAGAUUUUUGGAAAGAAAAAUAUCUUAACACAUACAACUUGUUUGUUAUGGUACAAUUAUUUUCUAAUUUUUAUGAUCGUUUUCGAUCACGAAUACUAGUUACAAUCGCUAUACAAUUGUAAUACCUCCUUCAAUGACAAUUCACAAAACUGUCGAAAACGGUAAUGAAGAUGAUAAUCUUUCACGUAGGUAUUUUGAGGAAAAUGAAACAUAAUAGUUUGCUUUUUUCAACUUCAUUGGAGAAGAAGAAUAUAACAUAUCAUCUAACUAACAUUCAAAUAAUAUCAAAUGACCUAGGAUGGAAGUUAAAGAAUACAAUAUUCAGUGUAAAAAGAAAAUAUGUUCAGCAUGAUAGACGAUUAUAUGUAAUAGAAAAGAUGUUCAUCAAUAAGAUCGAAGAAAAAUAAAAGAAUAAAAUUUAAAUAAUUGAAUGUUUAAUUUCAUGUGAAUCUUGUAA